AUGAAGGCAGAGCAGGAGACGCCCAACAACCCGCUCACCCAGGCCUUGAGUACCACGAUAAAACAGCGGGAUGAGAUAGAGAUACAGGCUCGGGUGCAGGCGGAACAAUGGGACAAAUGGCUCAGAUUCGGAGAUAACACAGAUGACGCAGAUUUGAGGCGGCUAGAAGAUGGUCGCAAGAGCAUUGUAGAGAUUUGGCAGCGAUUCCGAGAGCAUCAUCAAGAAGAUUCUAGAGUGGGCUCUAAUCCACUCGUCCCAGAGAUACCGAAUAUUGCCACGUUGAGAAACAUCGUCAAGAGUUAUGUUAUCGACUUUCUGGAGAUGAUGGAUGACCAUUCUUUUCUGUUCAAGUUCAUCCCGACCGGAGACAAGUACAUCAGUCUGAUCACAGGUGUUAUCUCGUCAGUCGUCAAGGGGUUCUUUUCCGCCUUGGUCGAUCUUAGCAGUGAUUUGAGGCUCGUCCAAAAAAAGACGGAUAUCUGGGACAGCGCAGACAUGAGGACGCUCGUCGUGGACUACUACGUGAUGGUCUUUGAGUUCCUCUGCAACGCAAUGUCAUGGUUUAGUCGACCGCGCCAUCGAUAUCGGACGAUCAUUGAUAGGAGUUCUUAUGACCAUGAGGUCAAGGACUUGGUUGAUCGCAUGAAAUCGGCGGUUGCACGGAUCCGUGACGAAGCGGCACAUCUGGCAGAGAAGCAGGUCCUGGGAAUCAGCAGCAAGCUUGGCCAAGUGCUCGAUAUUGUCAGCCCACGGCCAAUUGACGUCUCUGGAAAAUUCUUAUAUCUUCACGUUGUGGGAAGUGAGAGUCGAGACGACGACCGAAAUGCGACGCAGGCGAAGUUUCACCACUUGGGUCAGCUCGUGGGAGCAUGCUCACUUGAAACGCUGCAAGAGGUUGAGAGGAAUGCUAAACACGAUCCACAGUCGCUAAAGAUACGUGAGAAGAGGGAGAGCCUGACAGAUGUUAAGCCGACCGAUGUUCAAGCUACUGAAGUCGAGACAUGGAAGACUGAGUCGGACUCUGACGCAGAUGAGACAUGCGCGCGCUACGACAUUCAGAAAGCCACGACAGCCCUCAUGAAGUACACUGACGAUGGGAGAGAAGAGCUUUCCCAUUCACUCCGAGGAAUUCCAUCUUCUCUACUUCCACAGGAAGUAUUGAGUGAGAUCCAGGACUGGAUCAGGAGCCCACGGUCGAAAAUGAUCUGGCUCGAGGGGGUCCCGUCAUUUAAUCAUAGGUCCAACCUCUCCCUGGCAGCCAUGCAGCUGUGCGCUCUGAGCACAAGGGCACAAAUCCCCUGUAUCUCAUUCUUUUGUAAGCCAAGGUACAAUCGCGACACGGAUGUCUCGAGCCAAGAAGCCUGUGUCAUCGCGCUUUUGUACUCCAUAAUCGCACAACUUGCGCGUCUGCUCCCCGCAGACUUCCACGGUGCCCCAGAGCUCCUGGCACAUUUUAAAAAUCUUGAUGGAACGAUAGGAUCUACCUCCACUGCGUUGAGGAUAAUCGGAGGCCUCCUGGUGGAUGCACCACCAUCAAUUAUAUGGGUCAUUGAUGGACUUCAUAUGGCAGAGAGCUGCGGUACUAUUAACAUUCUCGACGACUUUGUGGCCAUGCUGCGUGAGCAGGAGAGGUUGCGGCUUUCCAAGGUAUGCUUCACGACCGAUGGAAACAGCCAUACCCUGUUGCCGGCCAUGAUGGUGGAUGAGCGAAUAGAUGUUUCUCGCAUGGCUUUAGCAGGACCUGGGAGGCAAUUGCAUGGAGGGGGAGACAUAUUUGCCGAGAUGAACAGUUGGUAA